AUGUUACAAAAGUACAGAGGGUCUUUUAUGAGAUCUAAAUCACCAUUGGAGGAGCAAGCUUACAGCAUCUUGACACCAUAUGCUUUCAAAAAGUUUCAAGAUGAAUUUGCAAUGGCGACACGAUAUAUAGUGCUUCAGAUAAAUGUAUCUCAGUUUGUGGUGCAAUACUUUGAUACAACAAGAAGAGAAAAGCACGAGGUAUUCUGGAAUGGUACGCAAGCAACCUGUAGCUGCAAGCAUUUUGAGUUUUGGGGCAUACUUUGUCGCCAUAUUUUGAAUGUGUUCCUUCAUAAAGACUGUUUUCAAAUUCCUGAUGUCUACGUCCUAAUGCGCUGGCAUAGUGAUUUAUCAUCACAAGUUACUAGCAAUAUUCUCUUGUCCCUUCAACAAGUGAAAUCAAAUGUCAGUCUUACAAUAAAUGACAAUUCAUGUGCUGAAAAUAUUGAUUAUGUUCAUUGUCCUCCUAACUCAAAGACUAAAGGACAUCCCUUGCAUAAGCGGAUGAAAAGGGGAAAAGUGUAA